GAGAGAGAGAGAGAGAGAGCCCAGCCCACUUGUACAAAACCAUUCACCUCGUGCAUAGUGAGCAGUCCCAGAGUUCUACACUGCUUCCCCAGGGCUCGUCCACAAGACGCCUGCCUUUCCCAUCCAAACUUCUCAGAGACCCAGAAGCAAGAGAGAGAGAGAGAGAGAGAGAGAGAGAGAAGGAGAAAGAGAAAGAAUACCUACAAGUCAAGCAACCGGCAGAACUAUUCCUCCUCUUCAAUCAUCACCUCUCAUCACAGCAACAAGGAUUACCCUUUUUUAAUCCUUUGCUUGAUCAAACUUUUUGAAACUUUUUGGUCAAUACUUUUUUCUUUUUCAAACCUAUCAGACUGAACACAUCCACAGCUACAAAUUCCUGGAGGGACAUUUGAUCAAGAGGAAAAAGUUUUUCUUCUUUUUUUUUUUUUUUUUAAAUUGUUAGUUAGGCUGCAUCAAUUUGUUCAGCCUCCUGUUUCAAGAAUGAUGCUCCUGCCUGCCAUGAGUGUAACACUGCUGCUCCUGGCUCACUGCUAUUCUCUUACUGCCAUGGCCACCUCGGGCACCUUGGCAUCCUCGCCCUCUUUACCAUCGGACUGCCCCUCUUGUGCCAUGGCACGGCUGCGGAGGAGUGGCGCAGAGGUGCUAAUGGAGGAGGAGGAGGCGCAGCAGGAUGUGGUGGAGGCGGUGAAGAGGCACAUCCUCAGCAUGCUGCACCUGCAGGAUCGGCCCAACAUCACACACCCAGUGCCCCGUGCUGCCCUGCUCAAUGCCAUCCGCAAGGUCCACGUGGGCCGCGUGGCCAAGGACGGCAGCGUGCUGAUCGACGACGAGCCUCACGGACGCCUCGAGGCCGAGAACAGUGAACAGACUGAAAUUAUCACCUUCGCCGAAGCUGGUGAAACCCCAGGUCUGAUAAACUUCCUUAUCUCUAAAGAGGGUUACGAGAUGUCUGUGGUGGAGCAGGCCAAUGUCUGGAUCUUCCUGCGACUUCCAAAGGGCAACCGCACCCGCACAAACGUCACCAUUCGACUGCUCCUGCAGCAGCCGGACUCUGGGGAGAAGCUGGUGGCUGAGAAAGCAGUUGACACUAAACGCAGUGGCUGGCACACUUUCUCCAUGGCAUCUAGUAUGCAGUCUUUGCUCGAACGGGGCAUAAGUGCACUGAACCUGCGCGUCUCAUGCCCAGCAUGUGCUGAUGCCCGUGCUACGCCGGUCCUGGUGACUCCUGGAGGAGGAGGAGAGCGAGAACAGUCUCACCGGCCCUUUCUGAUGGCUGUGGUGCGUCAACUGGAGCAGAAUGGGCCAAGACGCCGCCGUAAGCGUGGCCUGGAAUGCGACGGCAAGGUACGUGUGUGUUGCAAGCGUCAGUUCUAUGUCAAUUUCAAAGACAUCGGCUGGAACGACUGGAUCAUUGCACCGACCGGCUACCACGCCAACUACUGUGAGGGUGAGUGUCCGAGCCACGUGGCCAGCAUUACAGGCUCAGCACUUUCCUUCCACUCCACUGUCAUCAACCACUACCGCAUGCGUGGUUACAGCCCUUUCACUAGCAUCAGGUCGUGCUGUGUCCCCACGCGCCUCCGCGCCAUGUCUAUGCUCUACUACAACGAGGAGCAGAAGAUUGUCAAGAAAGACAUCCAAAACAUGAUUGUGGAGGAGUGUGGCUGCUCGUAAGACAAAAAAAAUCAAUAAAGACAAGCAAAAGAACAGGGAAGGACAGAAAAGAGUGCCAAGUUUGGCUUGGAGGCCAGGGUGGGGAGGGAACAGGGACCACUGCCCUAACAGUAAGGACUUGGGCAAAAAGAAAAUGGAGUGAGGUGAAGGGAUGAGGGAAAGAGCUCUCUUGAAACGGCUCUCUUCAUCUCUCUUUCACACUCAGACUCCCGUACAACGACGGGCCUCUCUCUCAACACGGUGGCUGCUUGAACUUGGCCGUCUGAAAAUCCAGUGGGUAUCUAUAGCUUGGAGCAGUUUCUGUGGCACUUUCAGAAGAAAAAAAAGAAUAUAUAAUAUAUUUUUGCUACAAAGCUGAGGGAAAGGGGUGAGAUGAUAUUUAUGCGAGCGAGAGUGCAGUGCGGUCACUCUGAACAUGCCCCACAUAAGGGAGUGACCAUGAUGAUGAGGUGCCUGAAAAAGCAAAUCUCAAAACUAUGCAACUUGUCAAGUAUUAAGAUUUAUUUUUCAUUCAUGUGUUGUUUUGGUUAACUAUUUACUUUUACAAACUAAAAAAAAAGGAAGUUGACUUUUUAUACUUUUUUGAAAGUAUAUUUUAUGUCUUAUGUGUGUUUGUAUGUGUACAUAUGUGUGUGUGUGUGUGUGUGUGUGCGUGCGCGUGUGCAUGUGUGUGUACGUGAGUGUGUGUGUGUGCGCAUGUGUUGUUGAGAGAUACUUGAAAGAAGUUUGACGGGCUGCUGGAACCAAACAUUUCUGUUUAUUAUUAUUAUUAUUAUUAUUAUUAUUAUUAUUUUACGUUAAUAUUAUUGUUAUUUUACUUUCCUUUUUACUAUUUUAAAAACGCGACGUUACGAACGUUUACAGUUUGCACUAUACCAUCAGCAUAGCCACAUAUACAAAUGGUAUUUAGCGAAAAACAAGAAGCACUUCAAAACGGACAAAUUUUCAUUAGCGUAGGUUUGAGCAGGUGAGGAAAAGUGAGAAUUAUGGGUUAGGAACAAUAAUGAGUAAGGAACAAACAAAACCUUGUCCACACCUGCAUUGUGUUGGUUUUAAUUUUAUAAUUAAACACCAAAGACUUUAAGUUAGUUUUUUUAACUAUAUAAAUAUAGUUUUUUUUUUUUCAAAACAAUGUUACAAAGACAUCCGGAUCAAACCCAAGCAAAUGCCCUGAAUGAAUGAUCCAUCCCAUAAUAAUUCUCAAUCUUUUGUGUGUGUGUGGGUUUUUUUUUUUUGCACUGCUGCACUCUCCAUGUGUGUUUCACCAUCUAAAUGUUCAACACAGCACUUAAACCAACAUUUUUGAGUUUUCUUCUUGCUUUUUUUUUGUAAUAAAAAUGAAUGUGCAGCGGUGAUAUUUAAAGAAAUUGGGAGAUGAAUUGCUGAAUGAUCUGUUUUGGUAUUUAUAAAAUAAUUCACCAAAUAUUGGAAGGACCCUGUAUGACCCAAACAAUGUCACCACUUUGUUUCAUAGAUGUUUUUUUUUCUAAAAACAGGUAACUGCAAUGUUAAAAAAAAAAUGAAGCAAUUAUUUCGCAUAAAAAUUUUUAACACAUGAGAAAAGCUUAUUGUCAGGAUGUGUGUGAAUGCAUACAAAAAACAAUGAUAAGAAAAUGAAUAAAUAAAAAAGACAAAAAUGUCACAUCUAGAAAAAAUUAAAAAUUAAAUAUGUGGUAUAUGUUUUUGUUUUUCUUCAUGCAGACAAUUAUUGACACUGAAAGAAGUGGACUAAGACU